AUGGAAGAACAGCAGCCGGAACCUAAAAGUCAGCGCGACUCCGGCCUCAGCGCGGCGGCGGCGGCGGCGGCUGCGGCGGCCCCGGGCGGCCUCAGCCUGAGCCUCAGUCCCGGCGCCAGCGGCAGCAGCAGCAGUGAUGGAGACAGCGUGCCCGUGUCCCCGCAGCCCGCGCCCCCCUCGCCGCCCGCGGCGCCCUGCCUGCCGCCCCUGGCCCACCACCCGCACCUCCCCCCGCACCCCCCGCCCCCGCCGCCGCCGCCACCGCAGCCGCAGCAUCUCGCGGCGCCCGCUCACCAGCCGCAGCCCGGGGCCCAGCUGCACCGCACCACCAACUUUUUCAUCGACAACAUCCUGAGGCCGGAUUUCGGCUGCAAAAAGGAGCCGCCGCCGCCGCAGCUCCUGGUGGCGGCGGCAGGCGGAGGAGGAGGUACCGGAGGAGGAGGAGGAGGAGGAGGUGGAGGAGGAGGAGGUGGUGGUGGAGGAGGAGGAGGACGAGGAAGCCAGAUCGAGCGCGACAGAGGCCAGAAUGGCGCAGGUAGAGACCCAGUCCACCCCUUGGGCACGCGGGCGCCAGGCACUGCCUCGCUCCUAUGCGCCCCGGACGCGAACUGUGGCCCACCCGACGGCUCCCAGCCGGCCACCGUCGCCGGCGCGGCCUCCUCGAAAGCCGGGAAUCCCGCGGCGGCGGCGGCGGCAGCGGCGGCGGCAGCGGCCGUGGCAGCGGCGGCGGCGGCGGCGGCGGCGGCAGCUAAACCCUCGGACAGCGGCGGUGGCAGUGGAGGCAGCGCGGGGAGCCCCGGCGCGCAGGGCGCCAAGUACCCGGAGCACGGCAACCCGGCCAUCCUACUCAUGGGAUCCGCCAACGGCGGGCCCGUGGUCAAAACUGACUCGCAGCAGCCCCUGGUCUGGCCCGCCUGGGUCUACUGCACGCGCUACUCGGACCGCCCGUCCUCCGGUCCGCGCACCAGGAAGCUGAAGAAGAAGAAGAACGAGAAGGAGGACAAGCGGCCGAGGACGGCGUUCACGGCCGAGCAGCUGCAGAGACUCAAGGCGGAGUUCCAGGCGAACCGCUACAUCACCGAGCAGCGGCGGCAGACCCUGGCCCAGGAGCUCAGCCUCAACGAGUCGCAGAUCAAGAUCUGGUUCCAGAACAAGCGCGCCAAGAUCAAGAAAGCCACGGGCAUUAAGAACGGCCUGGCGCUGCACCUCAUGGCCCAGGGACUGUACAACCACUCCACCACCACGGUCCAGGACAAAGACGAGAGCGAGUAG